GUUGAAUGAAUGCUUUCAUUCUUGGUUUAUUGUUUCUGAUAACCUUUCCGAAUGAGCAAGUUAGUGCUCAAAAAUAUGCAUUUGUGUCUGUACUGUCAUCAAAUGAUUUUCUGAUUCCUGCAAAAGUAUUAGCAUAUCGGCUGAAAAAGCUGAACUCUUCAAUUCCAUAUAUCAUCAUCGUGACACAGGAUAUAACAGAAUAUUCAAUAAAUGAGUUGAAGCAACAAGGAGUUAUAGUGCGUAAUGACACCAAGAUCGACACACCAUAUAUUAAAACGCACAAAGCUAGGAAGUAUCAGUACACCAAAAUCCGACUCUGGGCGAUGACCGAGUUUGACGUCAUCGUCCAUCUUGAUUUGGAUAUUUUGCCAACUCGAGACAUCUCAACCUUGUUUGAGUGUGGAUCAUUUUGUGCCUCAUUUCGACACUCGGAUAUGUUCAACUCGGGGGUUUUCGUAUUGAAAACCAAUGAAACUGUCUUCCAUGACAUGGAGCAGCAUGUUGCAUCAGCGGAGUCAUACGAUGGCGGUGAUCAAGGAUUUUUGAACACUUACUUUAGCGAUCUCAAGUUUGCACCAAUGUAUGACCCGAACAAAGCACCGCAUACGUGCGAGAACUAUUCCAUGAAUCGAUUAUCUGCACAAUUUAAUUACGAUAUUGGAAUGUAUUAUUUGAACAAUGGAAGGUUACUUGUGGACCCUGCAAUUUUCCAUUACACUCUUGGGCCAACAAAGCCAUGGUUGUGGUGGACCUAUCCGAUAUUUGACUUAAAUUGGAUGUGGUUGGAUGCAAGGCAGGAAAUGGAGCAAGGAUCAAGUGCAGAUUUUGAUACAUGCGUUUCUCUGGCCACCACAAAUUGCUUGCUCAUAGUUUCUCUACUUGUCAUAAAGCUGGUUAUCGAGCGCUUUGUGGUCAACGUAAUCAGUACGAGGAGUGUCAGCAGCAUAGAAACUCAUUUAGUUUCUCAAUCCAUAUAUUUGUUCUCAAUGUGGUUUGCAUUAAAACUUGCACAUCCGUCUGCACAACCUGUUGCUGCCUGGGUGUUUUUCACGUCAAAUUUGGCUUGGACAACAUCAAUCUUGACGGCCAUCUACACCCGACUGCGAUCAGGUUUUGAUGUAAAAAUUCAGUCGAUAAUCUCAUGUGUGUUCUUCACAAUGCUAUGUUACGCACUUGCUUGGCUCAUUGUCCUUCAAAUCUCGCACUUCAAUACAAGAGUUCUCACCGCAAUCUUCUUCAUUCUUGCCCAACAGAUUCUCAUUGUCAUGUUCAUUCGCCAUUCGCUCAUCGUGAAACCCAGCAGACAGCAAACUCAUAAAUACCAAAUCCUUCCCAACAAUCAUUACGUAGCAUGAUGAUGAUUAAUUGCCAUUUUAAAAUAGAAAAACAAAGAUGAAAUGAUAUAAAUAAUGUUCGUUUU